CUUCGUUGACAUUAAUUUUUUUUUAGGAUUAUUUCACAUUGUCCGCCUGUUGUCAUUGCUGGGCAUUGUUGUGGACAACUACAAUACUUUUGUCCUCAAAAGCCUUUAUUCCCCAACACAUGGAUCGUCCCGCCUCAAGUGAGCCGGUCGUCCUUUGAAGGUCAUGUUCUAGAAAAGGUAUUAUCAAGCACACAAAGCCAUCACCCUCCGAUCAAAGACAUUGUUUUGAGCGUAUAUCUUCGGGCUGCGCCCUACUUCAAAUCGGUUUCCGCUCAUGCAAAGACAACACUAGGUUAAAAAUCAGUAAUCAGUUGUUUUCGUCGCGUCACGUCUUACUACUAUUAUACACAGUUACGAUCACGACGACAACGACAACAGCAACAACAAAUACCGUACCGUUCCAAGUGAGUAGUAAUCCUAUACCUACCUCUUAGGUACCUACCUACCUAAGGUACCAAGCCAGACGCGAUGCCUUCUAAUUCGGACAAGUUUUGCCUCGACCUGAUCCAGUGCUGCAUGCCUCGCCCCCGCAACGACAUGGCCAACCCCGUCGAACCCAAUAACAACAACAAUAACAACAACAGCUCCUCCUCGUACCUCCGCGAGCGGUACAACGCCCAGGUCCGCCAGAACUUGGACCGCGGCCAGCGGCCCUUACAACUCCCGGCAAGAGUCGAGAACAACAUCCCGCAACCCCCUCCGCACGCGCACACGCACACGCACUACGGACACGCUAAUCCCUCCUACCGCUUCCCUGUUGUCGGGGCGGGAGGAGCGGUAAGUGGUGGCAGUGGCAGUGGCGGUGGCGGUAGUGGUGAAAAGGACCCGCGCAAGAACUGGUCGACCUCGAGCCUCGACAAGGCCGAGCUCGCGGGCCUCUUCGACACCGUGGCCGCCGCCCUCGAGCACGUGCGGUACGCGAUCUGCGGGCUGGCGGGGCUCGCGGACCACGGGUUCACCGGGCGCGCGGUCACGCGCGUGAGCAUCCUGUGCGCGGCGCACGCCAAGGACGUGGUCAAGGCGUGGCUCGCGGCCAGCGGGUACGAGGUGUAUGCGGAUUCGGUCGGGGUGCCGGUGCCAGCGGCGGGGUCGGGUGUGCAGAAUAGGAGCAAGUAUGGGUACGGGGGCGGCGGGUACGGGCAGCGGGGUUCGGGGGGUUCCGGGGGCAAGAUCUGCCGCGUGCGGAUCAAGUACCUGGACGAAGGCUUCGAGAGGCUGGAGCGCGUGCGGUCGAGGGUGAGCGAGGCAUGGGUGCUCGGGCUCGCGAGCCAGCUGGAUCACGCGGCGGCGGGGUAUGUGGAUUACUCGAGGAAGAAGGACAGGCGGGAGCAGCAGAGACAGAAGCUUCUUGGACAAAAACAAAGUCAAGAUCACAAUGAAAAUCAAAAUCAGAAAGGGAAAGAAGGUAACGUUUCUGCCGGUAACAAGACGAAGCAGGAAGAAGAAGAAAAAGAAGAGCAGGAAAAUGAGGAGCAGAAAGACGAGCAGGCGCUCGCGACCAUCGCGCGCGACGUCUUCUGGGUGCUCGACAAGGCGGCGCGCACGCACCACGUGCUGGAGCCGCGACUGCUCCCGACGCUGCUGAGCCGCGAGUUCUGGGAGCCGUUCACGAGGCGGCACGGGGCGGCGCGGCCGGAGAUGGCGCGUGCGGGCAUCGACGUCGCGGCCGUGCUAGCGCAGCACCGCGCCGAGCAGGCCCUGCAGGAGCACGACGAGAUGCUGCGCUCGUACGGCGUCGAUCCGUAUUCCGACGUGGACUCCGUCGACGGCGGGGCUCCCGCCGCGGGGAAGGGCGGUAAAGCGGCCGGAGGGGGAGGAAGAAGAAUCGUAGCCCAGCAGCCUGGUCCGUUCGAAGGCAUGCACGCCCUGCACACGGGCAAGACGCUGUACACCCCCGGCCAGCAGGACUUCCUGUCUCCCCUGCCCUCCCCCUCGCACCCGCACUCGCAUCUCCCUCCCCCCCUCACCAGGACCCAAAGCGCCGCCGAGCCCGGGACUUCUCCGGCGUCUCGCCGGUCGACUGUGCAAUGACGGAGAAAUUUAUCACUUGAUCUAACAACCAUUAUAUAAUAACUGUAAAGCAUAAAUGGAUAUGGGGCAGUACAUUAUUAGCAUAGAGAGAUAAACAUUAAUUCCGCUUAUAACCUUAAAUAUUAUAAUAAACGUAUGUUUUUUAUUUUACGU